AACUGUAUGUGCUCCGUACUAUAUAUUACAGCCCUGAUUUGAUUCAUUAAACACCCAUACAGUACAAGCAUACACAUAUUACAUUUACCGAUGAUAUUUGGGUUAUCUAUUAGGAGGGGUGUUAGUGUUACAUGUAGUAUGGUAACUGAGAACAGCACUACCACAAGAAGGAGUUUUUCGAUUUCGUUAAUUUUUUUCACUCUGCCAGAACACUGAAAGUACAGUACGUGGUUGAAGCAGCCGCCACCUUCCUUGGUUGUUUGGAAAGAAACCUCUACGGUUACGGUAGCAGAGUAGAGGUUGCAACCAUUGCAAGCGGCAGAGGUUGCAACCUUGACUAGCCAGGAAGUGAAUCACCUUCACGAGGACCAUCACGUUAAGGUCAAAUUCAAAUCGCGUAUAAAGUUUUGCAGUUAACAAAAUGCAGGCAGACAGCUCUUCAGAGACCAAAUUUGCUGGACAGACACAAACGGCAAAAGCUAUGGCAAAAUUUGGUGAUGAUGAUGGCAUCAGUGACACCUUUGCAAAUAUGGCUGUUGGGGAAUGUGACUCCAAGAGGACCAGCUACAUACCUUGGGAUGAAUAUUUUAUGGCUGUCUCAUUUUUAACUGCCAUGAGAAGUAAGGACCCCUGCUCACAAGUUGGGGCAUGUAUAGUUAACAAUGAGAAGAAAAUUGUUGGCAUUGGAUAUAAUGGCAUGCCCAGGGACUGCAGUGAUGAUAUAUUGCCAUGGAACAAAGAAUCUGAAGAUCCUCUGUGUACCAAAUAUAUGUAUGUUUGUCAUGCUGAAAUGAAUGCCAUCAUGAAUAAGAAUAGUUCAGAUUUGUCUGACUGCACUAUCUAUGUUGCCCUGUUUCCCUGCAAUGAAUGUGCCAAAUUAAUAAUUCAAGCAGGGAUCAGAGAAGUAAUUUUUUUCUCUGAUAAACAUUCUCAAAAGCCAGUUACUAUCGCUAGCAAGCGCUUGUUGGACAUGGCAGAAAUUCUGUACAGGCAAUAUGUACCAACUCAGAAGACCAUAAAGAUAGAUUUUGGAGUAACAUAUCAAGCCGAACAAAGUGACGCCAGUAACCAAAAUGGCAGUAUUUCACCAGCGACUCCAAGAGACAUCAAUAAAAAAAGAGACGACUACUUAGCCUGGGGAGAAUACUUCAUGGCCAUGGCAUUUUUAUCUGCUCUCCGCAGUAAAGACCCUUCAACUCAGGUAGGAGCAUGUAUAGUGAACAGUGAGAGCAAGAUUGUUGGUAUUGGCUACAAUGGUAUGCCUAGAGGUUGCAGUGAUGAUAAGUUACCCUGGGGUAAAAGCAGCUUUGACCCACUUAAAACAAAGUAUAUGUAUGUUUGCCAUGCAGAAGUGAAUGCCAUCAUGAACAAGAAUUGUGCAGAUGUUGCAGGAUGCACAAUCUAUGUUGCAUUGUUUCCUUGCAAUGAAUGUGCCAAGGUUAUCAUCCAGUCUGGGAUCAAGAAAGUGAUAUAUUUCUCAGACAAAUAUAAAGGAAAACCUUCAACAAUAGCUUCUAAGAAGAUGUUAGAUUUAGCCAAGAUCACUUACUGUCAGUACAACUUGCCGUGCAGAAAAGUCAUCAUAGACUUUGAGGCCAUUGACUGGAACAUUGCCUCACAGCUGCCACCAAGUUCUUGAAGAUGCACAUUUUUUCAUGAGACUUGAAGGAAUAUGUAGUUAUAUAAUUGUAUCCAGUAAAAAGCUUUUAUACUGUAAGCUUGAACACAAGUCCUGUACAGCAAAAUGUUUUACCAGUGGUAUACAGUGCAGUAUACUCAUCCUUAUAUUCAGCGAAGCUGCAUACAAUAUUUUUUAGUAGUUUUUUUUUAUUUGAUGAUGAAAAGAAAAAAUUGAUUUAUCUUUGGUUUUAUAAUUUAAGUAGUAUUUCCAUUUA